UCAAUGAAAACAUUUCCACGCGAAUCUGCAACUAUUUCAAGUCGAAGACGAAGUUUCGAUACUUAAAUUUUUUAAUUAUUCCUCCAUAAUGGAAGAAACAUCCUGGAUAAACGAAUAUUCCAAAGAAGUUCAUAUUGAAUGUAAAUGUUUUUGGAGAGCAAUUGAUAUUUGGUGGUUGAAACCGCAGGUUAUAAAUCGACGAGUAUCAGCCGCCGUGGAGAAGCACAAGAUCAGCGGAUUCUCGGAGAACACUGCGCCCGAAUCUCUGGAUGAGCUCUCUGGUGCACAUGCGGUGAGGCCUCGCGAACACUGGCUCUCUAGCCUUUUGGAGGAUCUCAGAUAUCUCGUUUCUCAAGAAGAGAAUGCAGACUCUUUUUCUUUUGAACGAUGUUUAAAUCACCAUGUCUGUCUGCUGAAGGAGUGUAGAAAUGAGACUUUUGAUUUGACAAACAAAAAUAUUUCCAAAGGAUGCAAUAUUAAUAGUGAAUUAUCAAUCUGUGUCGGUGAUAUUGAUAACAUUAACAAUGCAAGUGACAGUGCCGGUGGAAAGAAAAAAAUGACUGACAAAGUCACAAAAAAUGAAGAAAUACUGGUUCAGGAUGAAAGCAAAAUGUGUGUGAUUUGCAUCAGGAAACUCUUAUCAAGAAGGGCAAUCAAUAAUAUUGUCUAUGAAGUGGGAAUAUUUGAUCAAAUGAGAAAUGAAGCAGUCUUUACCUUACUUGAGUGCGGCAACAAGGAUUUGAAAUUUCCUUCCUACAAAUUUUCCUUUCGGAGAAAUAAAAUAUCACUCCAUGUUGAUGAAAUCUACAAAUCUUCUCAACAUUCCGCAUCUAUUCCCUCCGUUGAGUGGCUAACGAAUACUCUAGCACCUAAAAUUGUUAAAUGGGCCAGCGAGAUCAGAGGCAGUGAUCCGGUCGAGGUGGUUAAUCCUUUGGUUCCGAUGGACAGAUAUACUGAACUAUACCAAGAGAUGAAACAAAAGUAUGGGAGAGAGUUUGUCAGGAUCUGGCCUGAGAAUACAGACCCCCAGAAGUUCGUGUAUGAGGAUGUUGCCAUAGCUACAUACUUGAUCCUUCUUUUUGAAGGGGAGAGGGAAGAGACUGGUGAUUUAAAAAAGCAAUCCUUUGUAGAUCUGGGUUGUGGCAAUGGUCUUCUGGUUCACAUACUCAACAGUGAGGGGUACACUGGGAAAGGUAUUGAUCUACGGAAGAGGAAGAUUUGGGAUCUGUAUGGCACUGAAACCCACCUUGAAGAAAGCACCAUCAUUGCAUCCAUGGAGACAUCUUUCAAGGACACCGAUUGGUUGAUCGGCAACCACUCAGAUGAACUAACUCCAUGGAUACCUGUCAUGGCAACCAGGUCAUCAUACAAGACCAAUUACUUUGUUCUGCCAUGCUGCUUCCAUGACUUUGAUACCAAAUUCAGCCAGAGGGUUGCAGGGGAACCCCAGUAUCGUACCUAUCUCAACUUCGUCCGGGAAGCAGGAGAGAUGUGUGGCUUUGUGGUGGAGGAGGACAAGAUGAGGAUACCCUCAACAAAAAAGAUCUGCCAUGUUGGGAGGAAAAAGACCUACACCGCAGCAGAGCAUCCUCAAGUGUUGGCCAAGAUGGAGGAGUAUGUUGCUCAUAGAUGCAGAAAGUCGGCACAUCACAGAAGAAAAUCAAGCAUAACGGACUCGAUUCUAAGCUCUGAAUCCAGUGGAAACCAUAAAGGACCCUCACAAAAUACUGGAAUGACCCCUGACCCAUCAGAAAGGGGUCAUAGGGCACCAAGUGAUAGUAAGGGUUUAGUAAGCACCAACAGUGAAGAUCAGACAAUCCCUGAAGGCAGCUCUACUGGGGGACAGUACCCUGGAGCAGAGGGGGAUGCCGAAAAGAACUUUGCUCCAAACUUCAAACCACGGGCAGUUGAGGAGAGAGUGAAGAACUGUUCAAGAGUUGAGAGAUCUCUGAAGGAUCGUAUCACUUUGGAUGUUGCCUGGGCGAUACUGGAAGAUGGUGGGGUUACAAUGUCAAAGGACGGCGAUGUUGUUCAAACUGGUGUUGAUCACGAUAGCACAGAGAGGUGCCCGAAGAUGACUAAACUUUGGAGAAGAGGAGGUUCAAUUAGUCUUGGCAAUGUAGCGAAGCUCUUUGAUGGACCCACCCUCAAGAACCUGAAGAACGAGUGCGGAGGACUCAAAACAUUGCUCAAGGGUUCUCACAUAUUUGAAAUUGUUGGUGGCAAUGUUUCCAUAAAGGACUGGUCUAGGUUACCUCCACCGGAUACCGCAGAUACAGUGGCAUCACCCAGAGGCACUUCAUCCAAGAGACCAUCCCAGCAGUCAGAGAAGAAAGCCAGAGAAAGGCAGCUUCUCUACAAGACCAAGCUGUGCUGGUUCUACGAGCACCAUCCGGACGGUUGCCCAAGAGUAGCCCAGGCGUGUCCGUUUGCACAUGGAUCGGAGGAGCUGAGAAGUAGACCGACUUUUGGAGAGAAAAACCCUGUGAUUUAAGAAACUUUUCUAGGCUGGAACCGUCUCAGCACUGGAUGAUGCAGAUCUUAUACAGUACAGUUAGAUCUAUUCCACCUGUUGCAUCCAUAGAACUUUGAUCCAGUAAAACUAGUUUCACACAUAAAUAAUUUUAUGAAAAUUAUGAUUCAUCUAGUAAACUUGAAAAUAUUAAUCAGUUAUGAAUCAUGUACUGGAAAUGAUUCUGUGCAAUGUAAUCCUAAAUUAUGGUACAUUAAUGUAUUAGUAGGACUCAUCACAAAGAUAACUCAAAUACAGCGAUUAAUCUAACCCCAAUAAGAAUUUUUUUGUGUGUGAAAGGGGAACAAUAAGAAAAAUAAUUGGAAGUUUGAAAUAAAUCGGUCUUGUAAUAAGAAAGUUAUGGCUGUUUAAAUAAUGAAAUCACUAAGUCUAUGUAAACUCUACUCAAAUUGUCAAUUUUACAAGAAUAUAGAAAUUGGCAAGUGGUAAGGUAGCUCUCCCAUUAGGUCUUUGUUGUCUUUUCCUUUUUAUCCUCAUAUGCUUUCAAGUGCCAUCAUAAUAAAAGAAUAUAUCAUUUUGAA